GGAAUAUAGUAAAAAUAAUGGCAAAUCUUUUAAAUCGCGCACGUGAUAAUUUUUUUGGCAACAACAACAACAACAAUAAUCAACAUAUACACGACGAGGGUGUCGUAAUGCCCGAAAUCGAUCACGAGAUGGACGAUGAUGACGUUGACGAUCCGUUGACGUUGAGCGCACCGAAACGUUCCCUCAGCGCCACCAUGAGCGAUCAUGCGCUCAACACACUGAACGAGCUGCGACGCAACAAUUUAUUAUGUGAUGCCGUGGUUUCGGUGUCCGAUGCAUCCUUCAAUGUACAUCGCGCCAUUAUGAGCGCAUGCAGUUCGUAUUUUAGGGCACAGUUUACUGGCUUCAAUUCCACCAUAUCGCCAUCGAAGAGUGACGAGAAUCGUUCCGUACACAUACCGGGCAUGAGCGGUGCCAUUAUGGAGCAGCUAAUACAGUAUGCGUACCUGCGCAAGUGCACCAUCAAUGCGGAGAACGUGCAUGAGUUGCUCAUCUCGGCCGAUUAUGUGGGCAUGAUUGGAUUGGUGACGCUGUGUAAGCAGCAUCUAGCCGCGAUGUUGACGCCCGAGAAUUGUGUCAGCAUAAUGGGAUUCGCCAGAUUUCGCUUUCUCGACGACUUGUAUGCGAAAGCGCGAAAUUAUCUGCUGCGCUAUUUCAUUGAGGUUGCCGCUAAAAAUAAGGACAUACUCGAAAUGGGCUUAAAGGAUUUCUACGACAUUAUUAGCGACGAUGAGCUGAAUACACGCGAAGAGGACCACGUAUGGAAGCUGUGCAUCAAAUGGAUCGAUCACGACCCAGAAAAUCGUAAACAAUAUGUGGCGCAACUGAUGCAGGGCGUGCGCUUGGGUUUGAUGACACCAAAGUGUUUCAUGGACGAGGUGAAGGAGCAUCCGUAUGUACUGCAGUGUGACGAUGCGAAACCAUUGAUUGUGGAGACAUUUAAAUUUAUGUAUGAUUUGGAUAUAAUGAAUCCAUCAUCGGGCGAGCUCACCACACCACCGUUAGCCAUGCCAAGGCUGCCGCAUGAGGUCAUCUUCGCCAUUGGCGGCUGGAGUGGCGGCACAUCGAAGGGUUGCAUCGAAACAUAUGAUACGCGUGCCGAUCGUUGGGUCAAUAUACCGGCCGAAGAUCCAGCCGGACCGCGUGCUUAUCAUGGCACUGCCGUCAUUGGUUAUAAAAUCUAUUCGAUCGGUGGCUAUGAUGGUGUUGAAUAUUUCAAUACAUGUCGUGUCUUCGAUGCGGUGCGCAAGAAUUGGAAGGAGAUUGCACCAAUGCACUGCCGUCGCUGCUAUGUUAGCGUCGCUGAGCUUAACGGUCUCAUCUACGCCAUCGGCGGCUAUGAUGGUCAUAAUCGUUUGAAUACAGUCGAGCGUUAUAAUCCGAAAACGAAUCAGUGGACCGUUAUAACGCCUAUGAAUAUGCAACGAUCUGACGCAAGCGCAUGCACAUUAAAGGGGAAAAUUUAUGCAACGGGUGGCUUCAAUGGUCAAGAGUGUUUGGACAGUGCCGAAUACUAUGAUCCCGGCAACAAUAUCUGGACACGUAUACCGAAUAUGAAUCAUCGUCGUUCGGGCGUAUCUUGUGUAGCCUUUCGUGGACAACUUUAUGUGAUUGGCGGUUUUAAUGGCACGGCGCGUCUCUCUACAGGUGAACGUUAUGAUCCCGACACACAAACCUGGUCGUUCAUACGCGAAAUGAAUCAUUCGCGUAGUAAUUUCGGACUUGAAAUAAUAGAUGAUAUGAUUUUCGCCAUUGGCGGCUUCAAUGGCGUGUCCACAAUUUCACACACCGAAUGCUACGUUGCCGAGACGGACGAGUGGAUGGAAGCUACCGACAUGAAUGUGGUGCGCUCGGCGCUCACGGCCAACAAUGUAGCCGGCUUGCCGAAUAAACGUGAUUACAUACACAAGGAGCGUCAUCGUUUGAUGGAGGAGCGACGUCAACGGCUGCUGGCAAGCGCUAUGGCACGCGAUGCGGAGACCAUCUCUAUGUCGAAUGCCUCAGUGGAGGCGCAGGAUGCCGCUAUGGAUGAUUAUGAUAGUCCGAAUGAGGAUGACGAUGCCGACGAUGAAGAAGAUGCAGCUGGCAUAGUUAUUGCCGCAGCGGCAGCACUUGCACCAGUCAUUGAGGACCGUCACGAAGAUCUGCGUCCCGAUCCGAAUCGUCGGUUUCGCGUACAAUUGCGUUCGCAACGUUUCGGUUCACACCAUGAGAUACGACGACGCGCCUGAAAAGCCAGUUUAACAGGUUAAAAAGAGGGCUACCAAUGCCUGCGAAAUCAAACAAAAUUCUGGUAGCUACUUUAUGAAGUGGAUCAGCUGAUCUUCAAGAAGUGACAGUAAAAUUUAAAAUAUAUAACAAAAAACAAAUUCUUUGUAAUAUGAAUGAAUAUGAAACCAUGUCAAAACGGUACUUAACCAAAAACCAAAUACGAGUAUGUGAAGUAUGAAAGCUGAAUCCAUAUGA